AUGAAUGUUUUUCUUUUUUUUGUUAUAGUUAUUGCAUAUUUCAAUUUAAAUUUUUGUUACAUUAGAUGUAUAAAUGUUAUAUAUAGCAAUAUUAUAAAAAAGUACAAAGAUAUAAUUAAUAAUGAUAAUCUAGUUUUUUUAUAUGAUAAGAAGAAAAAAGUAUGUCUAAUAAAUAAUUGCUAUAAUAGAAGAAGUAAAAAUAACUUAUUUUAUUUAAAGAAGUCACCAAUUGUUCAAAAUAAAGAACAGGAAAAAUUAAAAAAAAAUUGUUUUAAAAUAUUUGAAAGUCGUAAAUAUAUUGAAAAUUUAAAAAAUAUAAAGAAAAUAGAUAAUACAAUAUUAGGUAGUUUUUUUAAUGGAAAUGAGGAUAAACUUAUUGAUGAAUUACCUGAAAAAUAUUUGAAUGCAUUUAAGUGGGCAUUAGAAUUUCGAUUGAAAAAUUUUAAUUGUAAAUUUAUGAGAAUAAAAAAAAUUGCAAAAAAAAAUAAUGAAGAAUUAAAAAGUUUAGAUAAUUAUGCAAUAGGUUAUAAGGAAAAUUUGUUAGUUAUGCUACAAAAAGAUAAAAAUUUUUUUCUUAAUAUUAUAAAUAAAUUAAAAUCAAAAGAAUAUUUUAAUUUUGAUAUUUAUUCUAUAUUUAGAUUUUUGAAUAUAGACAUUCGCUUUUUAUUUUACCCAGAUUGCCAUGACGAAUCUGCAAUUUUUUUUUUAAUUUUCGGAAAUUUAGACAAAGUAAUUAAUUAUUAUAUAAAAAAUAAAGACCAGGUUGAUUUUACAAAAAUUAUAAAAGAUAAAAAUAUAACUAAUUAUAAUAAUGAAAAUAAACAAGGAGAAGAAAUAAUAAAUGAAAAAGAAGAAAGUGAACAAAAAAAAAAUAUAUUAAAUGUCAUUUAUAAUGAGGAAACAGAAAACAUUAACAUAUCAGAAAAUGAUAACAUGAAAAAUAGUAAUUUCAAUAAUAAUAUUUCAAGUGUUAAUCUAAAAAUUUCCAACGAAAAAGAUAAAAACGAAAAAGAUAAAAAUGAAGAAGAUAAAAAUGAAGAAGAUAAAAAUGAAGAAGAUAAAAAUGAAGAAGAUAAAAACGAAGAAGAUAAAAACGAAGUAGAUAAAAGAGAAGAAGAUAAAAACGAAGAAGAUAAAAACGAAGAAGAUAAAAACGAAGAAGAUAAAAACGAAGAAGGUAAAAACGAACAAGAUAAAUUAGAAUACUUUAUAAAAAAUUAUGAUAAAAUAUAUUAUUUUUUAAAAAAUCAUUUUAAAACAUCUAAUGAAUUAAAAAGUUUUUUUGAAAAAUGUUACGAAAAAGAGAAUAAAAUUAAAAAAAAUGAAAUAAAUUUUAAUUUAAGUGGUGAACAAGUCAUAAAUACAAAGGAAAUCAUUACAGAUGGAUUAAACUUAGAGAUGAUAAAAAAUAUUAUAAAGAAAUCCCCUAGAUUAUCAUUAGUAAAUAAACACACAAUAUUAAAGAGAAUAUCUCAUUAUAAAAAUGACUUAAAUUACUCAUACAAAGAAUUACUAAAAAUAUUAUAUGAUAUUCCGCAAUUUUAUGCUUUUGGAAAUUUAAAAAAAAAAUAUAAAGAGUUGUUAUAUUUACAUGAAAGUAUAGAAGAAGAAGAUUUGAAAAAAUUAAUUAAAAAAUAUCCUAGAAUAUUUACAUACAAUAUAUAUAGAACAAUAAGACCUAAACUACUUUACUUAAUUAGACAUUUAAAUAAAAAAUUUCCAGAUAUACUUUGUUUUCCUCAAUAUUUUAGUUACAGUUUUAGAUUAAGAAUAAUACCCAGACACGUUGCUUACAUGAGUAAAUAUUAUGAUAAUUAUAUUGAAUAUUAUAAAGAACUCGUGAAAAAAUAUAAUUAUGAAGAUUUUAAUAAAAAUUUUAAUGAUUUAGUUUAUAAACCUAAUAUUCCUCCUAUAAAUUUAAGAAUGUUAUUGCAAACUUCUAAUAAAGCAUUCAUGAAACAUUAUAAUAUUUCUUAUUACGAUUUUGUUAAAUCUACACAGAUGGCUAAACAUAUACACAAUCCUUUUAUAAUCGUUUAA